AUGGCGACCCCCUCGAGACAAGCACGCGGCGCCGCGCUGCUUAUGCUGCAGCUGUUUCGCCUUUGCCAGGCUGUUCCAUGCCUGUCAGAGCCUCGAACCACGGUAUCUGCGGCAGGCACCUCGAUACCGUCCGUCGUUGCCCACACCAACGUCACCUCCCAUGGACCGUACACCGGCCCGCCGGCCACCACAACCGGGGCGCUUUCAACCACCGUGCUUGCUCCGUCCAUCCCGGCCCUGCCACCAGCAGAGGACGCCUUCAGGUAUCCUGCAGAUGGGAAGCUCCACGCCCCCCAGCCCGCGCCGUACACACCCAAUGGCGGCAUUGGCACCAACGGCUCUGCGCCCGUGUACAGAGUGCAGAGCGACUUUGACUACCAAUCGUUGGCUUUGGCCUUGUACCAUGAAUGGAUAGAACUGGACCUCUUCCACUGGGGCCUGGCCACCUUUUCGGACGAAGAGUUUGAGGCGUACGGCAUCAACGCCGAGGAUAGAUUUCUCAUACAGCACAUGGCAGACCAGGAAAUCGGCCAUGCUACGGUCCUGUCCAACAUGCUCGGGCCACAGGCGCCGGUGCAGUGCACGUACAACUACCCGGUGUCCAACGUGCGGGAAUACAUUGAUUUCAACCAGAAGCUCACGCGGUGGAGCGAAGCCGGCGUCUACGGCUUCUUGCCGCACCUCAACUCCGGCCCGGCUGCGCAGAUGCUGCUGCAGAGCAUCACGGUCGAAGCUCGCCAGCAGCUGAUUUUCCGCCAGUUUGGCGGGCAGUUCCCCAUGCCCGAGUGGCACACGCCUGGGAUCCCGCAGAGCUGGGCCUGGACCCUUCUUGCGCCCUACAUCUCCAGCUGCCCCUACAACCAGACCCGCCUGGUCUGGCAAAACUUCCCGGCCCUCCACAUUCUCAACCAGCCCAACCCAGCACGCAUCAACGGGUCCCAGGCCUGGAACGAGACCACCGGAGGCUGGAGCAACACCCUCUCCACCGCCGACGUCCCCAGCUCGGAGCUGUGCGUCAACGCGACGGACAAGACGCUGGAUUGCAGCGCCGCCAUCAGCCAGAACCGCAGCAUCCCGCUUUCGUUUCCGGGUCGCCAGGUGUUUUUGAAAUGGGAUGAGCCCGGCCAGCUUGUUGGCCCUAACAACAGCUACGUGACCAGCACCAAUGUCGUCGAGCCCAAGUUUGCCGCCUGGGUGUCUCAGCUGAACGUCACCUACUCGCCUCUUUUGAACGUCAGCGUCGAGCACAAGACGGCGUAUACCAUUCAGCCCGACGUGUCGACCUGGGCUGGUGAUCCAGCUAUCAACGGCACAAUGUUUCUGGCCCUGACUGACGUUGAUUUAUACGUCACUCCUUAUAACGUGACCCUGAUUAACCCUCACGUAGGCGCUCUGGCUGUAUACCAGGCUGGCUGA